AGCAUCUCCAGUCGCGUCCCCCAAAGCGUCCCCCAAAGGGAUUUGGGGCGCGCCGGACAAAAAAAGCGUUCCAGCCGCGUCCCCCAAAGCCCUUUUUUGUCCGGCGCGCCCCUAUACGGUGUCCGGUGCCCCGAGCCCGUCCCCGUCCCACAGGAGACGCUCCGGGGACGCCGGACACAACGAAAAGCGAGGCGGGCUCCCACAUGUCGGCGACUAUUUGCAUAAACCGUUGGUUCGCGCCUCUUUUCUCGUCGCUCCUUCCUUCCCGCGCCUCCCACCCCACCGCCGCCGCUGGAUUUCCCGGCCGUUUGGGCGUCUGAUAUGUGCUGCGAGUCAGCACCGUUGUCGCGGCUGGGGCUCCCGCCGGUCGUGCCGCCGCCGCCGCGUCGCCAGCGCCUCCCAGAACGCGCCGUCAAAUCCGCCCCACCUCCGCGCACAGAAGGUGCUCGACGACUGGCCAGCCAUGGACAGCGACGAUGAGAUGGUUGCCCUGCUGCUGGAGGACGAGCAAGCGUUCGACGACGACCUGCGGGAGCAUUUGCUGAUCAUCGCGUCCCUCCAGGACAUGCUUGACGCUGAGGAGGAGAAGAGGAAGAGGCCGCGCCGCGGAGGAUCAAGGCCGGGAAGAAGGAAGUCGAAGCCCCGGCAGAGGAUGGAGGGGCAUGCCAUGCUGCACAACGACUACUUCGCCGACGAUGCAACACAUGCCGACAAUUUUCGGCGCCGGUACAGGAUGAGCAAGGGUCUGUUCAUGAAUAUCCUCCACGGCGUUCGAGAGUUCGACCCCUACUUCAAGCUCAAGGUCGACGCUGUAGGCGUUCUCGGGUUCUCAUCCAUUCAGAAGUGCACCGCCGCCAUGAGGAUGCUUGCAUACGGAGCACCUGCCGAUACACAGGACGACUACCUUCGCAUGAGUGAGUCUACUGCCAUUGAGUGCAUGUACAAGUUUUGCCGAGCUGUGGUGGGAAAGUUUGGCAAAUACUACUUGAGAGGGCCAACUGAGGAAGAGACUGCAAGGAUCAUGGCACAAAAUGCUGCCAGAGGAUUUCCUGAAAUGCUUGGAAGCAUCGAUUGCAUGCACUGGGCAUGGAAGAACUGCCCGUUUGCUUGGCAAGGUAUAUACAAAGGGCGUCAUGGAUAUUGCAGUGUGGUGCUUGAAGCUGUGGCAGAUUAUGACCUGUGGAUUUGGCAUUCUUUCUUUGGCAUGGCGGGAUCACACAAUGACAUCAACGUGUUGCAGCGGUCUCCGGUGUUCAGCUGACUAGUGGAAGGGCAUGCUCCGCCAUGCAACUAUGAGAUCAAUGGCCACCAAUAUACCAAAGGCUAUUAUCUAGCCGAUGGUAUAUAUCCAAAAUGGGCCACUUUUGUCAAAACAAUCUCGAAUCCAUCAGGUCUGAAGAAUUCUCACUUUGCUACACGACAGGAGGCUUGCAGGAAGGAUGUCGAGCGGGCAUUUGGUGUGCUUCAAGCACAAUUUGCCAUUGUCCGGUACCCUGCUCUAAGUUGGUCUCACGACCAAAUGUGGGAGGUGAUGCAGGCUUGUGUGAUCAUGCACAACAUGAUCAUCGAGGAUGACCGCAAGAAUCAUGUUAGGUCACAUGUUGGUCCCUAUGAGUGUCAAGGCCCUCUCGCGGAGGUUGAUCAUGAGUUGCCUGCAGAUUUUGCUGAUUUUCUCGCCAUGCACGCAGAGAUCCGUGACAGCAAUGUGCAUGAGCAACUUCAAGCUGAUCUCGUUGAGCAUUUGUGGAGGAUCAAAGGAAAUACCGUGGCACCUUGAUGUAUCAUCUAGCCCUUUUUAUUAUAUUUGAUUACUUGUUUUAUUGUUUGUUGUAAUUUAAUUUGAAAACAAUCCUCGAAAACAUUUUUUUUCA